AUGUUGUCAAUGCUUAAAAAAAGAAGAUGGGAUACAGGUGUAACCAGUUCUGUGUGGGAUACAGGUGUAACCAGUUCUGCGUGGGAUAUGGGUUUAACCAGUUCUGCGUGGGAUACGGGUGUAACCAGUUCUGCGUGGGAGAUGGCUGUAACCAGUUCUGCGUGGGAGAUGGGUGUAGCCAGUCCUGCGUGGGAUAUGGGUGUAACCAGUCCUGCGUGGGAAAUGGGUGUAACCAGUUCUGCGUGGGAUAUGGGUGUAAGCAGUCCUGCGUGGGAAAUGGGUGUAACCAGUUCUGCGUGGGAUAUGGGUGUAAGCAGUCCUGCGUGGGAUAUGGGUGUAACCAGUUCUGCGUGGGAUAUGGGUGUAAGCAGUCCUGCGUGGGAAAUGGGUGUAACCAGUUCUGCGUGGGAUAUGGGUGUAAGCAGUCCUGCGUGGGAUAUGGGUGUAACCAGUCCUGCGUGGGAUAUGGGUGUAAGCAGUUCUGUGUCGGAUAUGGGUGUAACCAUUUCUGUAUCGAUUAUGGGUGUAACCAGUUCUGCGUGGGAUAUGGGUGUAAGCAGUCCUGCGUGGGAUAUGGGUGUAACCAGUUCUGCGUGGGAUAUGGGUGUAAGCAGUCCUGCGUGGGAAAUGGGUGUAACCAGUUCUGCAUGGGAUAUGGGUGUAAGCAGUCCUGCGUGGGAUAUGGGUGUAACCAGUCCUGCGUGGGAUAUGGGUGUAACCAGUCCUGCGUGGGAUAUGGGUGUAAGCAGUUCUGUGUCGGAUAUGGGUGUAACCAUUUCUGUAUCGAUUAUGGGUGUAACCAGUUCUGCGUGGGAUAUGGGUGUAACCAGUUCUGCGUGGGAUAUGGGUGUAACCAGUUCUGUAUCGAAUAUGGGUGUAAGCAGUUCUGCGUGGAAUAUGGGUGUAACCAGUUCUGCGUGGGAUAUGGGUGUAACCAGUUCUGCAUGGGAUAUGGGUGUAACCAGUUCUGCGUGGGAUAUGGGUGUAACCAGUUCUGCGUGGGAUAUGGGUGUAACCAGUUCUGCGUGGGAUAUGGGUGUAACCAGUUCUGCGUGGGAUAUGGGUGUAACCAGUUCUGUAACCAGUUCUGCGUGGGAUAUGGGUGUAACCAGUUCUGCGUGGGAUAUGGGUGUAACCAGUUCUGUAACGGAUAUGGGUGUAAACAAGUUCUGUGUGGGAUAUGGGUGUAACCAGUUCUGCAACAACACUCUCUGUCUGCUGGGGAGAACCCUUAUGGGUGCAACCAGUUCUGUGUGGGAUAUGGGUGCAACCAGUUCUGUGUGGGAUAUGGGUGCAACCAGUUCUGCGUGGGAUAUGGGUGCAACCAGUUCUGCGUGGGAUAUGGGUGCAACCAGUUCUGCGUGGGAUAUGGGUGCAACCAGUUCUGCGUGGGAUAUGGGUGCAACCAGUUCUGCGUGGGAUAUGGGUGCAACCAGUUCUGCGUGGGAUAUGGGUGCAACCAGUUCUGCGUGGGAUAUGGGUGCAACCAGUUCUGCGUGGGAUAUGGGUGUAACCAGUUCUGCGUGGGAUAUGGGUGUAACCAGUUCUGCGUGGGAUAUGGGUGUAACCAGUUCUGCGUGGGAUAUGGGUGUAACCAGUUCUGCGUGGGAUAUGGGUGUAACCAGUUCUGCGUGGGAUAUGGGUGUAACCAGUUCUGCGUGGGAUAUGGGUGUAACCAGUUCUGCGUGGGAUAUGGGUGUAACCAGUUCUGUAACCAGUCUGCGUGGGAUAUGGGUGUAA